AUUAACCCAACGAAGUUAAAGCGUAGGAUUCAUAACCAAUAGAGCCUACAAGUAGCGAUGGGGGUUCGAGCUGAUCAUUUCUCCUUUGGUUUCGUAAUUCGUAUAAGCAUUUUGAGCCUUUCAGCAAUGGUUACGGGCCUUACGGCUAGUACAAAAGGUACUUUUACACCUAGUGAUGCCCUCCGCGCUCUCAAUCGCUCCUACUACCCUCAUGACUUCAGCUGGGGUGCUGCUUCAGCUGCAUAUCAGGUUGAGGGUGGGGCAAAUCUGGGUGGAAAAGGUCCAAGUAUAUGGGAUACAUUCACUCAUAAAUAUCCAAAUAAAAUAACGGACCACAGCACCGGAGACGUGGCGUGCGAUUCCUAUCAUAAGUACAAGGAUGAUGUGGAGAAUUUGGAUGCGUACCGGUUUUCAAUUUCAUGGCCAAGAGUGCUACCUCGUGGGAAACUAAGUGGAGGAGUGAAUGAGGAAGGGAUUAGAUACUAUAACAAUCUCAUAAAUGAUCUUCUAGCCAAAGGUAUACAGCCGUACGUAACUCUCUUCCAUUGGGAUGUUCCCCAGGCCUUAGAAGAUGACUAUCUUGGCUUCUUAAGUGAGAAAAUUGUGUAA